AUGUGUUUGAUGUAUGCAUUGCCUUGCAGGGUGUACACAGUGGUGGGCAGUAUCGAGGCGGCAUACGGCAUAAUGGCCAACCUUGCACCAGUGCAGCUGCUGUCAGUGGAGCAGCUUAAGGCCGCCAUGAAGGCUGACUGCUCUGGUAGCACGCCCUCUCAGGCCUUCCAGCUGCUGCUCAAGCUGGCGCAAAAAGGAAGAGGGCUCAUGUUGGAAAGCCAGGGGUCGGCCGAGAAAGGCAAGAAGGAUGUCGUGAAGUCCUCCCAUCCUUCCCUUCCCAUCUCCAAGCAGCUCCCCACUCCAUUCCCCAUCAAGGGCUUCGAGAUGACAUCCUUCUACGGCUGGUUUGGGCUGCUGCUGGCUGUGCAGCGGCAGCCAGUGGUGGUGCUUAUUGAGGCAUCAGCCGACUCGUUCAAGGAUUACAAUGGGGUGUACAAGUACCAGGGCCCAGCGUGCUUCACGUACAACCUGAACCACGUGGUGCUGCUGGUGGGUUACCGCUUGGUGGGCAAGGACUCGCGCUUCCCCCACAUGGCGCCGCCCUUCUGGAUCAUCCGCAACUCAUGGGGGCCUGACUGGGCCCAGCGCAAUCCAUGUGCAGUGGGCACGUGUGUGAAUGACGGGCCGGGGUCGUACUCGUGUGUGUGUCCACCGGGCUUCAGGCAGGGCACCACUGUCGAGGGCACCUUCUCCUGUGCUCCAAGUACCUUCUCCUGUGCUCCAGGUACCUUCUCCUAUGCUCCAGCUAAGCUAGCUUCUCCAAUGCUCGAGCCAUCGGUGUCGUGUGCAGCACCCAUCCCACUAGCCACUGUGCUCAACGUGGCCAACCCAGCAUCUUUCAUCCCCUGCACUGUCUACUACAGCACUCAGCAGGGUGACACCUGUGCGGACCUAGCCACAUACUUCACAGUGGCCUGGUCCUGCAUGUGGGACCCUCCCAGCUGCCUGCCUGCCUUCCAGGCGCUCAACCCCAGCUUGGACUGCGAUGCCAACGGUGGGUUGCUGCAGCCCGGGAAGACAGUGUGUGUGGAGCGCAAAAAGGAUAAUGUGGGGCUCAUCCUAGUGUGCUCACAGUACUACCUGGUGCAGAGCGCAGAAACGUGCGAGUCCAUCUGCAACAUGCCUUACCCCCCUCUAACUCCCAAGGAGGGACCUCAAUGCCGGGGUGCCUAA